AUGUUGACUCUGAAUAUCAAUUGGUUUCAGCCAUUUGAUGGACGAACACAUUCCAGUGGUGCGAUAUAUCUCUCUAUCAACAAUCUCCCACGGAGUGAACGCCUUAAGUCUGAAAAUGUCAUUCUUGUUGCCCACUUUACAGUUAUAGACCCAAUGCAUAACCUCUAUCUUGGAACUGCAAAGCAAAUGAUUCAGAUAUGGCGCGAGUGUAACUACAUCAAUGAAAAGAAUCAGUUAACUAUGCAAGAGCUUGCCAAUGGUAUUGUUGUACCUUGUGGAUAUGCACGUAUAGCAAAGAAGAUUGCUGAUGGUUUUUCAUUCAUGAAAGCUGACGAGUGGAAGUCGUGGUGUGUCAUAUACUCUCCAUUUGUUCUGAAGCAUGUGCUCCCAGCCAAGAAUCUCGAAAACUGGAUUUUGUUUGUUAACUCAUGCCGCUUACUCACAAAACCUUCGAUUAAUGACAAAGAAAUAGAUGAAGCCCACAGUAAACUCCAAUUGUUUUGUACAAGAUUUCAGACACUAUAUGGAAAAUCGGCCGUGACACCAAAUAUGCAUCUACAUCUUCAUCUUGGCAAGUGUGUUCAUGACUUUGGGCCAAUUUAUGCUUUCUGGUUAUUCAGUUUUGAGAGAUACAAUGGUUUGUUGAAGAAUAUUGAAACAAAUCAAAAAGGCAGCUUCGAAUCAACGAUGAUGAAGAGAUUUUUGGAGAGAACAUACAUUGGCAGCUUCAUACAAUCUUUUGUCAACCAUUUUCCCCAGUUUGCAAUUGACUUUCUGCAUCGCAUUUCAAAUAGUCAAGAUCAAUUAGCAGCAUUGCAUCCAUCUUCUACUGCCAGUACCUUUUCUCUGUCUGACUUUGUUGAAUAUUCGUUAAACCCUUGUCAUUCUGCUUUGGGUUGUGAGCCGUUGCCCCCUUCAGUGUUUCUGAUUAAACUCGACCAAAGGAUUACAAUGUGCAAGGGACAUUAUGAAUGUUUACUGGAGUUUUACAGACACGCGUAUGGCAGUCACGAUCUUUUUGGCCAUUAUUCAAACUGCGAGUCUAACCAGAUUUUUGAAUACUCUUCUGGAUCUUAUUUUCGCACCUAUUAUCUUGAGAAUAACAGUGAAGAUAAAGCAGCAUUUCCUGGCCGUAUACUGUAUUUAUUUCAACAUUUGUUAACCAUCAAUGAAACUGUCAUCACCCAUACUUUUGCGUUUGUUGAGUGGUACUCUAGUUAUUCUUCGGGGAGUUACCAGCCAAUGUUAAAUGAAGGCAUUGAGCUCUGGAAUAAACCUUCUUCUGUAUUUAAUUAUGAAUGUAUUAUUCCAGUACAUUGUUUAUAUUCACCAAUCACAAUUGCAAAAUAUAGGUUUACUAUAACUAGUGAAUUUAAACGUUUAGUAAUCCCUUUACCCCAAAAAAUAGAAGCUUAA